AACGCAGCGGACUUCGAUAUCUCGAAAUGUAAGCUAUUAAUGGCUGUUUAUUUUUAUAUUUUGGAGGCAAAGCCAUCAUUAGUUUAUUCUUAGUUGAUUUUCAAGUUCUGAUAUUUAGAGUAGAUCAGUCUUGAAGGUUUGGUACAUCGCUUUCAUUAUUUUAUACGCUUAUUUAGUGGUUAGUUUAAUAGAAAUGCCAAAACGAAAGUUGGAAGAUGAACUCGAAGAGGACUGGGCAGACACUGGGACUAAAAUCAAACAAACUAAUAAAAAGAAUUCACUUGAUUCUGACGAAGAAGAUGAUGGAGAGGAAAAAACUUACGAUAUUCUAGCAGAAGAUGAAAUUGAAGGUCAAGAAGAGGGAGCAGCUGGUUUUGAUGGUGAAGUGAGAAUUACACCAUUCAACAUGAAGGAGGAAUUGGAAGAAGGACACUUUGAUACUGAAGGCAAUUAUCAUUGGAAAAAAGGAGCAGAAAUAAAAGAUAAUUGGUUAGAAAAUAUUGACUGGGUUAAGAUAAAGAAAACAGACAAGUUACCUCAGGAAACUGAAGGCAAUGGAAGUGACAGCGAGAGUGAUUAUUCUGAUGUUGGCACACCUUUUGAUCACAUAGCUGUUUAUAAACAAAUGCUAGAGUUAAUGAAGCCAGGCGAAUCUGUUGCAAAAUCAUUACGAAGGCUUGGAGGCAACAAAAGUCUGUCGGCAUCUGAGCGCUGGCGACGAAAGAAAGCCGGACAGGAUGAUGGUACACAAGACAACCAGCAGCAAGUUACAGACUUGACUGAGCUAGCGAAUCGGCUCCUUACCAAGACUGGCAACAUGGACAUUUACCAGGAAAGCUAUGAACACAUUGUCAAGUUGAUUGAAAAUGCCGAAAGAAAAAAUGUGAGGAUGCAAUCCAGGCCAGCAGCAGAUUACGAGGACGCGUUAGAUAUGUACGCGGAUGAUUUUGAUGAAAAGGAGAAAGCAAGAAUGGAGCAGCAAGCAGAGAAGAAGAAGAGUAGGGGAGAAGAGGUAGCUGGCGUAAGCGGAGAGUCGGAAAAUGGAGGCGCGACGGGGAAUGGAACUGCGAGCGGUGGGCAGGGAGACAGCCAAGAGGUAAUGUGGGAAUUUAAGUGGGAUGAGAAGAGUACGGAUAUCCAUGGACCGCACACGUCAUCCCAGAUGCAGUCCUGGGUGGAUGAAGGCUACUUCAAAAAAUCGGUUCUUGUGCGCAAAUGCAGUACGGAUGGUCAGUUCUACAACUCGUCUAGAGUGGAUUUUGAGUUGUACAUGUAAUCGCAGUUUUCUUCCAUUGUUUUUUUGUGUAGUUUGGGUUUGUAUUUGAACUUUGACACAUCUUGAAUUACAACGUACCGUUCUUUGAGAUUUGUUUACCAAGAAUCAAAGAAAUAUUUCACUGUUUACCCUAAUCAAGGUAUAAUAUAAUUUUGCUUGAAUAAUUUCUGUGUAGUGGGUAAAUGUGAAGUAGGCAUCGUGGAGGAGACAAAUAUAUUCGUGAAACUGUUCGCUGCAGAAAUUUUCUUGAUGCAUGUGCUUGAGAUAUUGAAGACUGAAUAUCGUGUGUGACAUUAUUUUCUGCAAUCUGGAAUUUUGAAUUCUUCGAAGACUUCCCAUUUUAUAUGAAAUUAAUAUUUACCAGGUUAAGUCUAUCAGCCUAUUUGAUCAUUUAAUGUCAUAAUUGUGAGCUAAGGGCAUAGAACGGGAGAUGCUGUUUCGUACUUUUGGUGGGAUAUGCAGCAGCAUUUGUCAUGAACUGACUGAGGUGCUGAGGAGGACACCGAGCUGCAGUCUGAACAUUGGGAACCAGAGCAUCUGGUAGCAGGUGGCGCUGCUUGAUCUAUAGCGUGCGUGUUCAUGUCAUACAGUGGAAGGGAAUGUGUAAGCUGUAAAUUAGCAAAAUGUUCUUUGAGCGUGGCUGGAGCUGCUUGACGUGCGUUUGCGGUUGAACUGCUUUUCCAUCGCACGGUUCAUAUGAGUUUGGCAUCGGGACUCGUCAGCACUGUCUGCUCCAUUCAUGUUUGUGAUGUAUUUGUGGAUUGCUUCGGAUCCUUGUCUUUUCUGCGGUCAUGAUUACAUUUCUUUGCUUAAAAUCUGACACUGACGUUCUGAACUGCUGGACGCACUUUUAUCUCGGUAGUUGGGCUGAGGGACCUCGGCAGUGACGCAAUGGAACGGCAGUCUUAUUAUUGGCAGAGCACUAACCUGCGGUGAAACACAUUUCAGUUAGAAAGCCUGGAAUGCUCCUUGUAAUAAUCAUGCCUCUGAGUGUACAUUUUAGCGUUCAAGGUCAUUGUAAGCUGUGAUUUAAUGACCUCCAUUCUGAAAAAUUUGUCUGCUUAGAUUUAACAGAUCACACAAAAUAUUUUAUGUACUUUAAUGCACCGAGCAUCAUGUAUUUUUCUGAACGGAAAUAUGUCCAAGGGAUAAAAAUAUACAAAUGACAGCGUACAUCCAGAAUGUAUUUGGUGUCAAAUGUCUGUUACUGACAGAGCAAAUUUUAUAAUAAAAUGUUGACAUCUGUGUAAACAGAUGUCUUUGUUACCCAGUUGUUGAUUACAUUGAAAAGAAAAGAGAAAAAUACCUGAAGUUCUGUGAUCAUUAUUGAGUAAGAUAUGGUGUCUAAUCGUGUGAAAAGGUCCAAAGCAAUUUUGCAUGAUUUAAAGUAUCAUUUAUUUAUCUUUUAAUGAGCAGUUGAAGUGAUCGUCAACGAGUAGCCGAAUGCACUAAUAUUAAUAGAUUAAUGAGGUUUUGUGAAUCUGUGAGUCGUCGGUAUUUCCUCGCUUCUUAGCUUUUACCCAUUACAAAUUACUAUGUUUUGUAUUUGUUUAUCUGUCGUAGCUGUACAGCCACUCUCAAAAUGCGGUUCUCUGUAAGUUGGCGGGGGAAGUUUGUGGAUGUGUGUACAUUGAUUUAUCCAUGGUUUUGUAUUAUGGCGUUUUCCAUUUGGUAAACACAAAUGAGGCAUUUAAUUUCUUAUCCUUAAGGCAACUUAUUUUAGUGUGUCGUCGGUCGCACAUUCAAUGUGUGACUACUGAUAAAAAGUUCGUAAGUCACUUUUCUCGUUACCAGGCAGAAGUUUAAAAGGAGAAGUAAUUUAUGUGGAAGAGCACCAGCAUCUUACUUGACUCUUUUGUACCGCACAUUUUUAAGAUGUCAGCCGUGUGAAUAUUGACCCCCCUCCAACAUUCCGUAUGUCUGAUGUUUAUUGGAAUUGAAUGUCUUGAUCUUAGUCAGGAAAAAUGCGUUUCAGCAUUUGAAAUCGCAGCUGCUUUGUGCCGCAGCCACGCAAAAUGCCUGAAUACUGAUUGUCACCGGCCGACGUUAGGGGCGAAGGGGUUAGUCCGAUUAAUUGGUAUUUUUUAAAUGUUUGUAUGAAAGAGGAAUGUCGAGAACCACAAUUGUGGGGAAGGUAGUCGUGGACACCGCGUCAGUUGAAGGUCGGUCAGUAGCCGGUACCACAAGCAGACAUUUGAUCAAAUUAACGGUGGAUUUGUAGUAUCUCUCUCUGAUUUAUUGGGGGUGUAAGAGAGGAUGUGGCAAGUCUGCAAAGUAUUGCGAUGUAGCAAUGACGGAUUGCUCGGCGUAUUAAGAUAUCGGCGUCAGGUCACUUGCUCAGACGGCACAAACAUUUUUAGACUUGGUUACGCCUGUGAAUGGAUUUCUUGUCUGUUGUGACAUUUUAGUAAUUUGUGUUCCUGUAACUGGAGGAGGAAGUCUUAUUUUGUUGGUCAAUCUGUAGAAUUAUUUACAAGGUUAAUUUCUGUUAAAACUGAAAUGGAAAUGGUCAUUAGUGUGUAAGUAACUCAAGUUUUUCCUGAAGUUUGAGUGUGUUAGGCCCUAAUUGUAAAUAAAGCCAUGUUUGUUUUGUUCUCUCCAAA